AUGGCCAAGAAGAAAGUGAAGAAGAGUCUAUCGUCAAUUACCAAUGACAAGAAUAGAAACAUUAUAAAUCCCAAGUCUUUAAAACCACAACAAACUAGACAAAUAAUCCGAAGAUUUCACGUUUUACAAAAAAAUAAACAUUCAAUAAUAACAAAAUUACAAAAAUCGAACACUUCAAUUGAUUUAGACAAUUAUGAUGAUAUAAAACAGAAUAAAAUAUAUCAAGUAGAAUUCAAUAAUUUCAAAAUAGCGAAAAAACACGCUAAUAAUGAAAUUUAUAAGAUAGAUGUUACCUUAAAUGAAAUUGAAUUAAUUAAAAUCUUAGCUAAAAUAGAUUCAGAAAUAGAGCAAAGAGGUGGAAUAAAAAUUUAUCAAUCAGCAUCAAAUCAAGGUCAAACAAACAAAAGAGGUGGUGAUUCAUCCAAAAAAUUAAUUGAAUGGUUAAAAACUUCAAAAUAUGAAACAAAACUAAAAGAAGAUCUAAAUGCAUUAGAAAUUGGUUGUCUUAGUCCAUAUAAUAACAUAUCAACUAGUAAAAUUUUCAAAUCAAUAAUUAGGAUAGAUUUAAAUUCACAAGAUCCUUUAAUUUUACAACAAAAUUUUAUGGAACGACCAUUACCAACUACCGAAAAUGAAAAAUUUAAUUUAAUUUCAUGUUCAUUGGUUUUAAAUUUUGUACCAUCACAUGAAAAGAGAGGUGAAAUGUUGAUUAGAAUUACAAAAUUUUUAAAAUCACCAAAUAAAGGAAAAUUAAGUUCAUUAUUUUUAGUUUUACCAUUACCUUGUAUUAAAAAUUCAAGAUAUUUUGAUAAUGAUAAAUUAUUGGAGAUUAUGAAUUCUUUAGGGUUUAAACAAAAUUAUAUUUAUGAAGCUAAGAAGGUUGCAUAUUGGUUAUUUGAUUGGAAUGGGAAAGUAUCUAAAAAUAUAAAGUUUAAUAAAAAAGAACUACAUUCUGGUUCUACUAGAAAUAAUUUUUGCAUAACAAUCAAUUAA